AAGAUGGAGAGCAAACGGAGCGAGGUGCUCAACCUUGAGCGGGUGAAGGCUCUAGACAGUUGGCUGAAAACCACCAACAUCACGCUGACUCAAGUCAAUGGCCAGAGGAAGUACGGAGGACCGCCUGAAGUAUGGGCAGGUCCAGCUCCAGGACCCCGCUGUGAGGUGUUCAUCAGUCAGAUUCCCCGGGAUGCCUAUGAGGACCUUCUGAUCCCCCUCUUCAGCUCUGUGGGGCCCCUGUGGGAGUUCCGGCUCAUGAUGAACUUCAGCGGACAGAAUCGUGGUUUCGCCUACGCUAAGUACGGCUCAUCAGCCAUGGUUUCUGAGGCCAUCCGCUCUCUGCAUGGACACAUGCUGGAGCCUGGGUACCGCCUCUGUGUCCGCCGCAGCACCGAGAAGAGGCACCUGUGCAUGGGAGAGCUGCCAGCUGAUACUCGACCAGAGGACCUGCUGCAGGUGUUGCAAGGCCUCUCAGAAGGGGUGGAGAGAGUGUCUCUGAAGGCAGGGCCUGGCAUAGAGGGGGUGGCAGCGAUAGUGGCCUUCAGUUCUCACCACACUGCCUCCAUGGCCAAAAAGAUACUGGUGGAAGCAUUCAACAAACGGUUCAACCUGUCUGUCUCAAUCAAGUGGCAUUCCACGGUGAAGCCAGGUCCAGAUGAGUCAAUGCCUCCACCACAACCCUUCAAGAACCUCGCGUCCUCCCCUGUAAAGCCCCAGCGCUGCAUCUUGGGCCCCACUCUGUCCCCCCACCUGCUUAAGCCUCCAUCCAUCCCCCAGGGUUUCUGCAGAGCAGUGGGCGGGCCCAGCAGCCUCCAGUCACCCCACCCUUCCUGCUCUUCCUCCUGCUCUCAGGGCCUUAAAGCAUCAGCAUCCUCAUCUCCCACGAUGCUCCUGUGCAGGCUUUGUGAGAUGCAGGGCUUUGGCCGGCCAGUCCGGGAGAUUCACUACAGCCACGCAGGAUCAGAUGGAUUCCUGUACUUUACCUAUAAGGUGUGUAUUCCAGGGAUAAGCCAGACCUUCACUGGGCUCGUCAUGAUCUUACCAGGACCCAGUGCCAGCAGCAUGCUGGAGGAGGCCAGCCAGGCCACUGCCCAGCAGGUCCUCCAGGCCCUCUACCACAACCAGGGAGCCCACUGAUGAGCUGACUGGAGAGGAGCCCUCUGCAGCACCACUGGUUCACCAGCUGCAUUUGUUCUAUCAAGGAUGUUAUCAAAAAAAAAGUUUCAUCUUAUAUGUGGUUACUUUCUGCAUGUUUUUAUUAGAGUAG